CCUUCCUCAUGCCGGGAGUCGGGCUCGCCGGGGCGAAGCUCCGUGCGGGAGAAGGGGAGGAAGCUACCGCGGUUCUUCAGGAGCCGGCGAGCGAGGGGCUGGCCGAGAGCUGCGGGUAGGGUGUGCGGUGCGCUCCGGUUUUAGUUAGUGGACAGGACUGACGCUUUCAUGGUGGAUUGAAGGAACUGUGGCUGCUCCUUAGGCCAGCGUAACAUCGUGCGAGUGGGGGGAAAGAAAGCAAACCCGCCCGAGGUAAAAGAAGCCUCUUAUUUCCUGAUAGGGCACGAAAAGCAGCGACCGAAGCUGCAGCUGGGACCGCAUGGCUGUCCACAGCCCUGCCCUGCUGUUAGCUCUCCUUUGCUUCCUAAACUUUUGGGGGUUUUGGUGCUUGUUUUUUUCCUCCAAUUGUCUACAAAGGCUACAAGAAAGACAUCAAGCUGCUGGAGCAUGUCCAGAGAAGAGGAGCGAAGCUGGUGAAAGGUCUGGAGGACAGGUUUGAGGGGCUGAAACAUGGCAGCCAAAUGGAUUGGUGGACAUUCGUCUCCUGUAUUGUGCUUGAAUGUCAACACGGAAGGGCUGGUGGCUUCAGGCGCAGAGCGAGGCGAGCUGGCGCUCUGGGAUGGGGGAGGCACACCAGCAGGACAGCUCCAGCUCCCAAAGGCAGACGACGUCACCUCUGUGGUGUUCUCUCCGCAAUGUCCCACCAGACUGUACACCUCCCAUGGAGAAACUAUCAGUUUGUUGGAUGUCAGAUCCCUCAAGGAGCCUGUUGAGCAGUUCCACGUGAGCGAGGAGGAGAUCAACUGCCUCGCAGUGAAUGAGACUGACAGCUUCUUGGCUGCAGCAGAUGACUCGGGGGCAAUAAAGAUUGUGGACUUGGAAAAGAAGAAAGCCAUUCGGUCCUUGAGACACUCAAACAUCUGCUCCUCUGUUGUCUUUCGACCUCAGAGGCCACAAAGCCUUGUCUCCUGUGGACUGGACAUGCAGGUUAUGCUGUGGAACCUGCAGAAAGCUCGCCCUUUGUGGACCACAAACCUGCAGGAGUGUGAAACAGCUGGUCCCCAGUCAGCUGGCCAGUUCUUUAACCCACCCCUUGCACAUUCCCUGUCUGUUGCAUCAUGCGGCAACAUCUUUGGCUGCGGAGCUCAGGAUGGUAAAGUCAGGAUAUUCAGAGUCACUGGUUCCAGGUUUGAACAAGAGAUGGAGUUUCAAGGUCACAGCCUGGGAGUAUCACAAGUCCUCUUUAUGCCAGAAGCCUACUGGCUGUUGACUGGAGGAAAUGAUGGGAAAGUCUUGCUCUGGGAUGUCAGCAGUGAUGUUGGAAAGCCGCAGAAAAGCCCAGCAAAGUCUCUGCAGAGAAGGAAGGCCCAGGCACCUGCUUCCACCAGGAAAAAUGACAAGCUCACCAAAGUGGCUUCAGAUGCACGUGAUAAAAUGUUACCAAAGCUAACCAUUGAGCACGGAGAGAAGGUGAACUGGAUCUUGUGCACAGAGAUCAAAGGCUCAAAGAGAGUAUUAGUUGCUGAUCAGAGUAGUUCCAUAUCUCAGUAUCUGUUGCCAGGACCUUAGGUAUUGACGUGUACAAAGAAACUUGUGGGAGGAAACCACUCCUCCAAGUGUUUGAAAUGAGUCCAGUGAACUGCUCAGUGAAACCUGAUGGAUCCUCCAGAAGGGAUUUACUGUGUCCUCACAUGAGUACUCAGGAUGUAACUGGCCUCAUAUUAUGUUUUUCACUGGCUGUUGGUAUUCACUGCAGCUGUUUCUUGUAGGGUUGGAAGUUUGUUUCUAGAAUUUAAGUGGAACAGGUUCCUGUAUGGUUAGGAGUAAUAUUAGCUCAUGACUAAGAUGGUAUCAUUAAGGCUGGAAGAAAAAAAUCAGGUUAAUGGGGACACCUACAAUGCUCAAUGAGGUUGCUGAGCAGUAACAGAGAUGUGAUUUGAUCUACAGUGCUUUCCCUCACAGCUUAAUCUGGCUGCAGAGGAAAUAUAUUUUUCAUUAAUUUGCCAGCAGCUGCAUAUAAGACUAGAGCAGCAUCAGCUAAUAAGUAACCAAAUUAGUUUAGCUCUCCUUGCUAAUUGGCUUUUUCACACUGCAGUCAACAAAGGAGCAGGAGAAAAUGUUAACAUCAGUUUAAUGGGUCAGCUGUCUUUUUCAUUUUGUUGUUUAUCCCAGGGAAGAAUAACUAUUGCACUUGUCUUAAUAAAUGCUCUCUCUC